AUGUCCGGGGCUUUCUCUAUUUCUCCCUUGUUAUAUUCCAAUCCAAUUACGCCUCCAAGAUUGAUUGUAAAAAUGUCAGCUACAGCUACAAGAAAGGUGGGAAUGUCAGUUGGGUCCCUGGUGGUGAAGCCUCCCGCACAUCCCACUUAUGAUUUGAAGGGCGUUAUACAACUUGCCCUCUCAGAAGAUGCCGGCGAUCGAGGGGAUGUGACCUGUAAGGCAACCAUUCCGGCUGAAAUGGAAGUGGAAGCCCAUUUCUUGGCAAAGGAGGAUGGGAUUGUGGCUGGAAUUGCACUUGCGGAAAUGGUGUUUGGCGAGGUUGAUCCUUCCCUGAAGGUUGAGUGGUACAGAAAAGAUGGGGAUAGUGUACAUAAAGGCUUCCAAUUUGGUAAAGUACACGGAAGAGCCCACAGUAUUGUUGUAGCUGAAAGGGUUGUACUUAACUUUAUGCAGAGAAUGAGUGGAAUAGCUACUCUAACUAAGGCUAUGGCAGGUGCUGCACAACCUGCUUACAUUUUAGAGACGAGGAAAACUGCUCCAGGUUUACGUUUGGUGGAUAAAUGGGCGGUCUUAAUAGGUGGAGGUCAGAAUCACAGAAUGGGUUUAUUUGAUAUGGUCAUGAUAAAAGACAAUCAUAUAUCUAUUGCUGGAGGUAUCACAAAUGCCCUGAAAUCGGUGGACCUCUAUUUGGAGCAAAAUAAUCUUAAAAUGGGUGUUGAGAUUGAAACCAGGACACUCCAAGAAGUAAAUGAGGUAUUGCAUUAUGCAUCUCAAACGGAAACAUCUAUAACUAGGAUAAUGCUGGACAAUAUGGUUGUUCCGUUGUCUAAUGGGGAUGUUGAUGUAUCAAUGCUUAAAGAAGCUGUAGAGUUGAUUAAUGGGAGAUUUGAGACUGAGGCAUCUGGAAAUGUUACUCUUGACACUGUAAACAAGAUUGGACAAUCCGGGGUGACCUACAUUUCUAGUGGUGCUCUGACCCAUUCUGUGAAAGCACUCGACAUUUCCCUGAAAAUCGACACAGAGCUGGCACUUGAAGUUGGGAAGCGUACAAAACGAGCUUGA